UGAUAAAGAAAUUAAAAAAAAAGGAGGAGAGAGAGAGAUAUACAGAGAAGAGAGAGAAAUGCUGGCGAAGGAAUCGUCGUCGGCGGCGGCGGCGUUCGACCUGCCGGAGGACGUGCUGGAUGUGCUGCCGUCGGACCCGUUCGAGCAGCUGGACGUGGCCCGCAAGAUCACCUCCAUCGCCCUCUCGACCCGCGUCUCCGCCCUCGAGUCCGAGUCCUCCGACCUCCGCGCCAAGCUCGCCGAGAAGGACGACCUCAUCGCCGACCUCCAGUCCCAGGUCGAGUCCUUCGACGCCUCCCUCGCCGACGCCCUCGACAAGCUCUCCCAAUCCGAGCUCGAGAAGGAGAAACUGGUGAAGGAGAACGAAUCGCUGACGAGCACUGUGAAGAAGCUGAGCAGAGAUGUUUCCAAGUUGGAAAUCUUCAAAAAGACGCUCAUGCAAUCCCUUCAAGAGGAUGAAGACAGUUCUGGCCCUGCACGAGCUGGAACUUCACAAAUCAUUGCAAAGCCGACACCGAGCGAAGAUGAUGCCACACUGCCUCCUUCAAGAUCAUCUUCAAUUAGAAGUCAAUUCAAAGAGGUGGGAAAUUCUCUAUCGGAGGAUCGCGAGACUGAUGUUCCACGACCUGGUAUGUCACAUGGCUUUUUGUUAGCAUCGCAAACUAGCACUCCACGCCUUACUCCUCCUGGCUCGCCUCCCAGUCUAUCUGCGUCUGUAUCUCCUGCAAGAACGUCGAAGCCAGGGUCACCAAGAUGGAAUGCGAUGUCGUUCUCAACUUCAAGGGGAAUGUUUGAUGAAAGGUCUUCUAUAUUUUCUUCUUUGCCCCCAGGCCAUCACGGUUCCAUAUCAGGUUCAGAGUCCGGGUCAUACACUGGAAGAGCUCGAGUUGAUGGAAAAGAAUUCUUCCGGCAAGUCAGGAGCCGCUUGUCGUACGAGCAAUUUAGUGCAUUUUUAGCCAAUGUGAAGGAAUUGAAUUCUCACAAGCAAACUAGAGAAGAGACACUGAGGAAGGCUGAAGAGAUUUUUGGCUCCGACAACAAAGAUCUUUACGUCAUAUUCGAGGGGUUGAUCACUCGCAACGUCCAUUGAGAUCUUAAUUUGCAAUCUGCACAUGCCUGUAAAGAGCAUCUUGUUUCUACUUUCAGAUCAUUCAUUCACACUAAAUUUUUCAUAUGUAAAUUGAGGAAUAAUCCAAGUGCAAUUACGCUUGCCUGGUAAGUCAUAUUUCAUCACCCAUCAAAUUUGCGAGUUGAAAAUGUGU